AUGGCGACGACGACGACGACGGAUACGGUCGAGUCGCGACCGUCGUCGGAAAAGACAACGCUCGACGACGACCCAGCCAUGGCUCACACGACCGGAGAGAAGCAGCAGCCGGCGCCGGCGGUGCAAGACGCAAGCGAAACGAAGCAGCAGCCCGAGGCGGCGACGACGACGACGACGAUGCAGCCCUGGACAGAGCCCGAGUACCCCGGCGCGGUCAAGCUCUCGCUGACCAUGUUUGCGCUGUGCGUCUCCAUCUUUCUCGUCGCGCUGGACCAGACCAUCAUCGCGCCGGCCCUCGGUGCGAUUACAACCCAAUUCAGCAGCACCAAAGACAUUGGCUGGUAUGGAUCUUGCUAUCUCCUCACCUCGACUUGUCUGCAGCCCGUCUACGGCGCCAUCUACCGCAUGUUCAAUGUCAAGUGGACCUUUCUCGCGGCAAUCUUCAUCUUUGAGGUCGGCAGCCUGCUGUGCGCCGUCGCCCCGUCCUCGGUCGCCUUCAUCGUCGGCCGCGCCAUUGCCGGCAUGGGCACCGCCGGUCUGUUUUCCGGCGCCGUCGUGAUUCUCUCCUACACCCUGCCUCUUGCCAAGCGCCCUCUUGCCUUUGGCAUCAUCGGCGGCAUGUGGGGCAUCGCUUCGGUCGCCGGCCCGCUGCUCGGCGGCGCCUUCACCGACCACGUCAGCUGGCGCUGGUGCUUCUACAUCAACCUGCCCGUCGGCGGCGUCGCCAUGGGCAUCGUCGGGUGCGUCGUGCACAUCAAGCGCAACACGCGGUACUCGGCCGGCCUCUCGAUCGGACAGCGCAUCCUCAAGCUCGACCUCGUUGGCACCGCCAUCUUCGUCCCCGGCAUCGUCUGCCUGCUGCUGGCCCUUCAGUGGGGCGGCGCCAGUUAUCCGUGGAACAACUCGCGCAUCAUCGGCCUGUUUGUGGGUGCCGGCGCCCUGCUCGCCGUCUUCGUCGUGGUGCAGUGGUGGCGCGCCGACCAGGGCACGUUCCCGCCCUUUCUGUUCAAGAGUCGGAGCAUCGUGGCCGCCAUGGCCUUUUGCUUCUUCUUCGGUGCUGCCUUUAUCCCGUUGAUCUUCUAUCUCUCUCUCUACUUUCAAGCCGUCCAGGGCGUGAGUGCCAUCCAGGCCGGCAUCAAGAUUCUUCCUCUUCUGCUUGCCACCGUCAUCUGCUCUGUUGCCUCGGGCGCUCUGGUCUCCAUCCUCGGUGUGUAUAAAUAUGUCAUUGCGCCUUGCAUGGCGCUGUUCGCUAUCGGCGCCGGCCUCAUCACCACCUUGGACGUCCACACCCCUCUUCGCGAGUGGUUUGGCUACCAGGUUGUCGCCGGUCUCGGCAUUGGUGCCGGCUUUCAAGUCGGCCCCGUUGUUGUCCAGACUGUCCUACCUCAAGAAUGGAUCCCUGUCGGAACCGCCUGCGUGCAAUUCUUUCAAAGCUUGGGAGGAGCCGUCUUCAUCGCCGUUGCGCAGACUGUCUUCCAGAAUGGCCUCAUUGACGGCAUCGAGACCACCAAUCUUGGUAUCAACCCCCACAUCUUUAUCAACAGCGGUGUCUCGCAAGCCAGAAAUAUCCUCGCCCAGAUGCAUCGAGAGGAUGCUCUCCCGCUCAUCCUCAAGGCAUACAUGAAGGGUCUGCGCAACACGUACUACACUACGCUGGCCUGUGCCAUCUGCGCGUUCCUCUCCGUGUUGGCUCUCGAGAAGAAGUCAGUCAAGAAGAAUGAGCAGAAGGCGGUGGAUGUCGAGACAACUGCGACUUAG